AUUCACCUGCAUUUCAACCAAUGGCUCAGCAGGACUGCUGCAUGAUCACCUCAAACGCUGGAUUCGUCUUGAUUUGGACGAGAAGUCACAGAGUCUGACGUUGCAGAGGCCUGAGUGAUGGGGCCAUAUGCAGCUCUGGUGUUCGUCCUGCUGUUUUCCUCCAGUUGCGAUGGUGGAAAAGUGCUGGUUUAUCCUGUAGAUGGGAGCCACUGGCUGAACAUGAAAAUCCUGGUGGAGGCUCUUCAUUCCCAGGGCCAUGAAAUCACAGUGCUACGUUCCUCCACCAGCUGGUACGUGGCCGAAGUCUCACCCCAUUACAACUCCAUCACUAUUACCCAAGAGGAGUCCCAAAACAUAGAGAGCCAAGCCUUCAUGACCUCUUUCUUGAAGAAGUCCAUAGAGAUCCGACAGUAUAAAAGCUCACCGUGGUCGUUUUUUGAGUUUUAUCGGAAUUUAUUCAACAUGAUCAGGGAGAACCAGCAAGUUGUAGCAAAACUGGUCGUCAGCAUCUUUGAGAAUAAGACACUGGUUAAGGAGUUGAGGGAAACUGGGUACGAUCUUUUUCUGACUGACCCCGCAUUUCCAGGUGGAGUGCUGUUGGCUCACUAUCUCCAACUUCCCCUGGUUUUCAAUGUGCGCUGGCUUUUCAGUGGAGAGGCGCACUUUGCCAUUGCUCCUUCUCCGUUGUCCUACGUCCCCCAAUUGUUCUCCCAUUACUCUGACAAGAUGGACAUUUUUCAAAGGUUCAGUAACAUGAUCUAUCACAGCAUGAUGGUUUACAUGUACUACUACGUCUCAAAUCCGCCUUACCAGGCUGUGUGUGACAAAUACUUUGGACACGACGUCAGCACCUUGUCUCUCAUCCAGGGAGCAGACCUCUGGCUAAUGCGGGUUGACUUUACAUUGGAGUUCCCUCGGCCCACCAUGCCCAAUGUCGUGUACAUCGGAGGGUUUCAGGGUAAGGCGCCCAGGCCUCUUGCAUCAGAUUUAGAAGAAUUUGUGCAGAGUUCUGGUGAACACGGGGUGGUGGUCAUGACUCUGGGGACCCUGCUGAGUGACCUUGGCCCUGAAAUAUCAGAGAUCAUCGCCUCAGCAUUUGCCAACAUCCCUCAGAAAGUCGUGUGGAGACACAUCGGGAAAAGACCUGUCACACUAGGCAACAACACCAUGCUGGUUGAAUGGCUGCCUCAAAAUGACAUACUAGGUCACCCUAAAACCAAGCUUUUCGUCACGCACGGGGGUACUAACGGACUUUACGAGGCCAUCUACCAUGGUGUCCCGGUUCUGGGCAUUCCUCUCAUCUUUGACCAGCCCGACAAUAUGGUGCGCAUGAAGGCCAGGGGAGUAGCUGAGAUUGUUGAUGUGACAACUUUGGAUGUUGAUUCUCUGACAAGUGCUCUGAAGAAUAUUCUAGACCCAAAGAAACCCUACAAACAGAACAUGCACAAACUGUCACAGCUUCAUCGUGACAAACCAAUGAAACCCAUAGAAAGUGCCGUUUUCUGGAUUGAGUACGUCAUGAGGCACAAGGGGGCAGCACAUCUGCGCACCGAGUCAUAUAAGUUGCCGUGGUAUGCCUAUCACUGUCUAGAUGUGAUGGCAGUUUUUCUAGCGUUUGGUCUGUUAAUCACUGUGCUAUUUUGGGUUUCCUGUAGAUGUCUCAUUAGACGUUUCAUAUGGACCAAGAAGUCCGUGUCCAAGUCUAAGAGUGAAUAG